GUUUUCUCUCUCGUGAAUGUCGUGAUCACAACCCUCCCACCAAAGCUCAAUCCACCAUUCCUAAUUUCAUUCUUCCUCCCUAGCUUCGGAGUAGUACAUUUUUGCUAAUAUACAAUCAAUCGAUCAAGAUUCAAGAUUGUUCCCAGUUCAGAUGCUUGAUGAUGACUGUCGUCGGAAACAAUGCGUUGAUUUGUCGUCCUCAGUCGGAAUCUUGCUGUGCGUCGAUGAAGUUAGGGGUUUUGAAGCUACCGGCGUGUAAUUGCAAAGCUAAAUCACUGGGCUUCCACAUUACAGGUACCGAGGUGAAAACCACCUUCUUACCGCAUGUAAGGAAAACGGAGACUUCUAGAACCGUUCAUAUCAACGGAAAAUCCGCAAGUUCUCAUCAGCCAGGAUACAAUUCAAACGAUGAAAUCAGCGCAAUCGAUUUUUCUGGCUUUUCUGGUAAAAGUAUACCCCUGACUUCUACAAAUGGGAAUUCAACAAACAUUGUUUGGCACAAAUGCUCUGUAGAGAAAAGUGACAGACAGGAGUUGCUUCAGCAAAGGGGUUGUGUUAUAUGGAUAACUGGUCUCAGUGGUUCAGGGAAGAGCACUGUGGCAUGUGCUCUAGGUCGCGGUUUACAUGCUAGAGGAAAACUCACUUAUAUUCUUGAUGGUGAUAAUGUUCGCCAUGGUCUAAAUCGUGACCUUAGUUUUGCAGCUGAAGAUCGGGCAGAAAAUAUAAGGCGGAUCGGGGAAGUGGCUAAGCUUUUUGUGGAUGCUGGAGUUAUUUGCAUUGCCAGUUUGAUAUCUCCCUACAGAGAGGAGCGAGAUGCUUGCCGUGCUUCACUACCUGAAGGGGAUUUCAUUGAGGUGUUCAUGGAUGUUCCUCUACAUGUAUGUGAGGCAAGGGAUCCUAAGGGAUUGUAUAAGCUAGCUCGAGCAGGAAAGAUAAAAGGUUUUACUGGUAUUGAUGAUCCUUAUGAGCCACCGUUGAAAUCAGAGAUAGUGUUGCGUCAGAACCAAGGGCUAUGUGAUUCUCCUGAUGACUUUGCUGAUGUAGUGAUCUCAUACUUGGACAAAAAUGGAUACCUGAAAGCUUAACUGUUCAGGACCUUAUGUUCAAGCGAGAUUCAGAGAGAUUUAGUUUCCCCUGUGUAUAAGUGGAAAAUGAUGUAUAUAGAUUUAGUUUGUAAACUGAAGGUUAGCACUGCUAUUAUACAACGCUUAUGAUCAUAUCACAGAAA